CUACACAAGGAACACGUAUACGACAUUUUGUGAUACACAACGAAUCAUGAGCGGCAGAGGAAAAACCGGUGGCAAGACUAGGGCUAAGGCCAAGACUCGUUCAUCGAGAGCUGGACUGCAGUUCCCUGUUGGCCGUGUACACAGGCUUCUGCGGAAAGGCAAUUAUGCUGAGCGUGUUGGCGCCGGAGCUCCAGUGUAUCUGGCUGCCGUGCUCGAGUAUCUGACGGCCGAAAUUCUCGAGCUGGCUGGCAACGCUGCUCGGGACAACAAGAAGACUCGCAUAAUUCCUCGUCACUUGCAGCUGGCUGUACGUAACGACGAAGAGCUGAACAAGCUUUUGGGCGGUGUCACUAUCGCUCAGGGCGGCGUGUUGCCUAACAUCCAGGCCGUGCUGCUGCCGAAGAAGACCGAGAAGGCCGUCAAGGGAAAGUAAAGUAGUGGUUACGGUUGCUGAUAAAACAAAGGCUCUUUUAAGAGCCACCCACUUUACUGCAAAAGAGCACCUAACUCCUGAAUUUCUGUGUACUGAGUGGAAGA